AUGCGAGGCCACCGAGCAUCUGGUAGCACAUCACGCUUGAUGGAGGGUGACAUCCAAUCCAUCGCAUAUAUCGAUCAAAAGCAAACAACACGGAACCAGGUUCCAUUAUGGCUAUUCGUAGCAUGUUGCGUGUGCUUCUUUGUCAUAACUCUUACUCUUAGUCUUGUACUAGGUCUUGAGCGUAUCUCGCGCCCGCAGAACACGCUCGCAUCCGUUUCAUUCGACUACAACAGCUAUUAUGGAAUUUCAAAAAACUUGAACGUCGUGCACAUAGACAAACUCAUAAAUAGCACAGAGCUCAACCUGAGGACGGGGUUUGUGGCCUCAGCAGAUACCACAACCCGCGACUAUACCUUCAAUAUCACGCAAGGCAUCGCUGCCCCAGAUGGAUUCCAGAAGCCAAUGAUCCUUGUUAAUGGACAAUCGCCGGGGCCUCUGGUCGAAGCAAACGCGGGUGACAUGAUUCGAGUCCAUGUAAACAAUCAGAUGGACAACUCAAGCACGACGAUACACUGGCACGGCCUUAACCAGCAGGGCUCAGCCUGGAUGGACGGUGUGGCAGGUAUCAGUCAGUGCGGGAUACCGUCCGGCCAGAAUUUUACUUACGAGUUCGUCGUGAAGGACCAGAGAGGCACCUAUUGGUGGCACGCGCACUCGAGCGUGCAAUAUACAGAUGGCAUUUAUGGACCCAUCGUCAUCCGCGAUCCAAGCGAGAUGGUGCCGGAGACGGAUGAAGAGCGCGUAUUGUUUGUCGGUGAUCUUUACCAUACUUACGGAUCUGUGUUGCUUGGAAGCUACCUCAACUCAACCUCGACAUGGGUUCCCUUUGAGUCCGGCGUCGAGCCCCUGGCCGACAACAUCCUCAUAAAUGGCCAGCACACAUACAACUGCUCUGUCGAAUCGUCGACCUAUCCGCCGGACCCUGCCUCCCCCAUUGCGAGCAACUGCACCGGCGGACAGCUAUAUCACACGAAAGUCCACAAAGGUCAGAGGAUCCGCCUCCGCCUCAUCAACAGCUCGUCCUUUCUGAGUUACUGGUUCAGCAUCGACAACCACACCCUCUCCAUCGUCGAGCUCGAUGGCGUGGAGAUCGAGCCCAUCAGCGCCAGGGGCGUGUACCUGAACAUCGGCCAGCGCGUCUCGGCCGUCGUGACAGCGAACCAGACGGCCGGCAAUUACUACAUCCGCGCCACCAUGCCGCAGACGUGUUUCGUGCCGUAUGCGCCGUACACCUCGACGGCUCUUGAGAACGCGGGCUAUGCCGCCAGAGGGAUCCUGUCUUACGACCAUGUUGCACUGGACGCCGAGCCCGUGGGCGUCAGGGGCAACGUGUCGAAUCCCUACGGCGUCGACAACAACGGCAUCAGGGGCGACGUCUGGGAGGGCUGCGACGACAUGCCGUUCGACAUGCCGAGGCCGAUGAGGAAGCUGGACGCCGUCGACGUGGGAGACAGCAACUAUCAGUACAUCGAGUACAUGUUCCGGCAGGCGCAGGAUGUCAAUCGCAUCUUCAUAAACAAGACAGCUUACUCGGCCCUCAAGAACAACGCGACGAUCUGGAAGACACUCGACCAGCAAUUCGACCCCAGCCGGGAAGGCUCGUACCACAGCUGGGACCUCGGGCUGAAUCAGCAAGUGCUGCUGAUCCCCGACGGCGGAAAGGGGGCACAGGUCGUCAUCAACUCCUUGGAUGCCAUGGAGCACCCCUGGCAUAUGCACGGCCACACUUUCCAGAUAGUAGGUUGGGGCCCGGGUCCUUACGGGGCCUCCGCCAAUUCGACGACCUGGAACCCAUCGAAUCCGAUGCGGCGCGACACGGUCACGGUUCCGGCCCAGAGCCACGUCGUGCUGCGUUUCAUGGCCGACAAUCCUGGCGUCUGGGCGUUGCACUGCCACGUCGCCUGGCACAUGGAGGGCGGCAUGUUCGUCUCGCUCGCCGAGCGGCCCCGGGACCUGGCCGAGAUGAUAUCGGAUAUGGACCCGGAGACAAGACGGAAGGCCAUGGGUUUCUGUGGGAUGUAA